AUGCCCAUCAAACCUCUCACAUUCAAGGGUGACAAGAAGCCCAAGAAGCGCAAGCACCGUCACGACGAAGAUGUCGACGACGCCCAGAACGCCGGCGGCCAACCGGCGGUCGAUCCCUCCGACGAUGACUCCUGGACCACCCCCGACGAGCCCAGCGACCUCUCCGGCCCCGUCGUGCUUGUUCUCCCCACCACUCCCCCCACUGCUCUCGCCGCCGACGCGCACGGCAACGUCUUUGCCUCGCCCCUAGAAAAUAUCGUCGAGGGCGUGGCUGAAACCGUAGAGCCUCAUGACGUGCGACAGGUCUGGGUCGCGAGUUCCGUGGCGGGUUUGUCAAAGGGAGAAUUGAGCUUCAAGGGUAGCCAUGGCGGGUAUCUGAGCUGUGACUCGGUGGGCGUGCUGGGUGCGAAAAGAGAGGCCAGAGGCGUCGAGGAGGGAUUCGUAGCAGAGAUCGUGAAUAACGCUGCAGAUGGCAAAACGAGAUGGCGGCUGCGGACGGCGGCGUCAAAGUCCGAAGACGGGGACAAAGGCAGGCGAUAUCUAUGCGCCGUCACAGAGGUGAAGCAGAGUAAUGCAAAAUCAAUCAACAUUUCACUUCGUGGAGACGGCGAGGCUUCAUCGGAAUCGACCCAUCUCGUCUUCAAAAUGCAAGCCCGCUUCAAACCACGACUGCAGCAGAAUAAAGAGACAAAAGCAAAGGAAAAGGUCAGCCGGAGGGAGCUCGAACAAGCGGUCGGGCGAAGACUGGAGGAGCACGAAGUGAAGCGCUUGAAAAAGGCUAAGAAGGAAGGGAAUUUCUACGAGGAGGUCCUGGACGUCAGAGUCAAAGGGAAACAUGAUAAGUUUGCCAGUUGA